AAUCGAGAUCGCAACCGGUCAUCUUCACUGUACGAGAGGGUAAAAUGCGCGUUUUGUUGCUUUCGCUGUUCUUAAUUUGCGGAGCUUUUCCUUCCCAAGGAAGACGUGAGUGGAUAGAAUAGUUUUUAAAAUUCCCAUUUGAAGAUAUUUAACUAGCAGGAGUUUGUUAACACAAGAAAUGAUGCUACCUGUUAGACUGGAGUCGCUUUUUAAGAAAGAAGCCGGAAAUGGAAACAUUAAGAUUUGAAAAAGUUACAUGUGUUACAAUCAGGAUAGGAAAAAAAAUAUUAUAUAUUUUUUGCUGUUAGAGCGUUCGACUGCUGGUGAAUUACAAAUUGUAAUAUUCCUCACAUCUUUUAACUUGUCUGGCGCGUCAUAGAAUAAACAAAGUCAUCGGGCUAGAUUGUAGGCUCUAGAUAACUUUAAUUCCUCGAUUUAACGGUAUUUCUAGUGCCAGGAAAGGCCUGUCUAAAACGGAGGUGUUAUAACGAAAUAAGGAAACCGGUUUAAAAAUUAUUUCUUUACUUUGGUUCUGUUAUGUUGUUGUCAAAUUUUAGUUCUGUCUCAAAUCAGUCUCAAUGAUUUAUGUUUGUAGAUUCGUUUUACGACAUUUUUCUUAAAAGUAAACUGUCCUAAGGUUUAACUGAGUUCGUUAAAAUCUUUUUGAUUCAGUGCUCAACCAUCUUAUUUACUGGAUUAUAUUUUUCAGUUUACCGCUUGAUAGUUAAAACCGCGCGCGCAUCAUUUGCCGGCACUGAUGCUGUAAUCCGAAUCCGAAUUCAAGGAACCCGAGGCGACUUGAAAGAAAGAGUAAUAAACGGGAGAUUUGAACAAGAUGGGUAAUUAUGAUGAAAAUGAUUAUAAUGACGGUGAUGAUAUUACCACAGAUGAUAUCGAUGAUGAUCACAACGAUUAUAAUGACAAUGAUGAUGGCGCUGUCCGUCGCGAUUUAAGAUGUUGGCGAUGACCACGAUCGAUCAUACACAUGCUACAGAAUAAGCUGUGCUUCCAUAAUCAAAUAAACAAAAAUUUUUCUCGCAUUUGACCCGAAGAUGAUCUUUCAGGAAAAAAAUUAUCCUCGUAAGGGAGCUGCAAAUAGGAAAACUUAGAAAUGCACUUGUCACGAGUUUGCACCUUACUGCAGAAUGCGUCAAUCAAUUUGAAGCUUCAAGAUACCCCUCUCGGGCAUUUGAACUUCUGACGAUUGAUUUGUUCAACUUCCACCCUCCUCCUCCCAGGGUAAAAAUUGUGUUCUAAUGCCCCACCCAAUUUUUAGUAAAAGGAAAAAUUAGCAACCGAGACUUUCUACACAUUAACUGAGCUCAAGAGAUGAUUGUGUUAUGUUGCACUUUACCGCUUAAUCGAUAACCCGUGCGGUUAUUUACCUGAAUCAACCAUCGCAAGAUACUCAGUUAUUCCUCGCGCUUGAACAUACUGUUAUUUUAAUUCAUGUUUAUAGAACUGACCUCAUUGAUAUCUACGACUAUGACAUUGGAUACAUCAAGGGAGUGGAUAUUAAGCGGAAUAAUUCUGGGUUUUUGCCGGACUGGAAACUUGACAAGGUGAGUAGCAGUUAAGAUUGUGGAGAUAUGGCUUAUAUUUUGAAAAUUACCUUCAAAACUUAGAAAAAAAGGUCGUGAAGUAAUAAGCAACGAAUGUGUAAAAUAUGAGCUAAAUUGAUAAAGUUUGCUUUGUCUAACGUUGGAAAAAAAACACAGGGAAGCAGAACAAUACAGUAAAGUCGACUAAAACUUUGAUGUUCCGUUGAUCGCAAUGGCAUGCACAAUCAUUCUUCUCUCCAUUUUUCAUGGGCGAGACAGAACAUUCCUUUGAAUGAUGAAGACAAAAUUUUGAAAAGAGUUCCUCUUUAUUAUUAACAUGGGCAAAGUGAGCGAAGGGUAGAAUGUCUUAUCGAAAAAAAAAACCCUUAAAUGGGCCUUUUUGUUUUCCUGGAAGUCCUGUCAUCAGUGAUUGCACUGCAAACGUAAUUCGUUACAUUCGUAAUUCGCCUAGAUUAGCCUUUGCUAGUUGCGGGCAUGCCCUUUUCUGUAAAUUUAAUUGGAAAUUAAUAAAGUGUGUGUGUGUUUAAAUCAAUUGCGCAGAUGAAAAAUCAUCGUUCUCGGAUACAAUUUAAAGAAGUUGCGAAAAGAAGAUCCGUUUAGGCUUUACAAUCACAUCUACUUUAUUUAUUAUACAAGUGUCAUAUCUGUUAUCUAUUUAACUCUUUUUUUCAUUUCACAUAAUGUGUUUCUUGUUUUUCCUGUUUAUAAACAUCCUCCUGGAGUAGUUUACCUUAAAGUCUCUUCCAUCUCAGAUCACCAUCAAAGUCGCCGGUGCAGAGGACAGCAUCUUCAAUUAUUACGACUGGGUCCCCCAAAAUAAGUGGGUUGAAUUACCCCGUAAGUAACAGUAGUCACUGAUUUCAAUGACUUUACAUCAUUCUGAGUUGUGACGCACGCCUAUGUCCAUACUCACUUUGACUCACUGCUCAACAUGCUGAAAAAAUGGGUUGAAAACCAGUUGCAGAGUUGCUUACACCUUUCAAUUGAUUUUUCUGUGCAAUUUCCAAUUCCUGGUGAGUAGAUAAAGAUCUUCCUACAAGGACGCUCGAAGAUAAAACUAUUGAAUUAGUUUCCACCUUAAAGCUCUUAGAAAAUAUAUGGCAAUGUCAACUUGCCCACAUGACUAUAACGAUGAUUGCUUACAGAUUUUUGUUAAAGUUUCAAAACAUGAUUAAUGUUAGUCAAAGAAUUCGAAAGGACUUUUUAGUUCAUUGUGUCCAUUCAUUUUACUGUUUUCUGGUUAUUUUUCUCACUAAAAAUAAUUAUACUUUGUGUUUUAGUCUCUUGCCCGAAUGGUUCGCAUAAAAAUGCCAAAGGCUUCUGCAAUGGUGAGUGUGUUUUGAUGAAAUAAUCGUGUGGAUAGAUAUUUAGGAAUAUUUUUCACUUAGUAGUUGUUGCGACAAAUUUUAGUCAACACCCAGUUACAAGCGAAAUACUUUAUUUAAAUACUGAAUUCAACUGACUAUGUUGUCAGUUGAAUUCAUUUAUUUAGCUGAAUCACGUGCGAAUUGUGAUUGGUGAUGCUGGGGCUUAAAUCUGUUUCGCGGACUCAAGCAUUUUUUUGUCAAACCCUCAAGACUAAAUUUAACAUCUUUUCUUUCAUUGGUUGCAGAAUGACGCGAAUAAUCAACCUCCUGG